AACUGCAAUAUUAAAAACAAUGGAAUAACGAAAUAUUCUACAUUUAAUUCCUAUUUUUCAAGAAAUAUUUUAUAAAAAUAAAUUCUAAAUUAAUUAAUACUAACCGGUAUAGCAUAAAUUGUAUUUAUUUCACCUUAUCAAAGUCGAUAAUGAGUAAGGGAUGACACGCGCUCAGUUUGUGCGAGGUGCUGGUAGGGGUUGGUUGUCUCGUGAAAACUCCGAAAUGGCUGAAGCCACAGGUUCUGCGAGUGUUAAUCCUAAUGUAGAAAUUGUGCGAGGGCAAGCUUUCGAAGUGGGCCCCCGAUAUACAAAUCUGUCAUAUAUAGGCGAAGGCGCAUAUGGUAUGGUGGUAUCAGCAUAUGAUACUGCUACAAAGACCAAGGUGGCAAUUAAGAAAAUAUCACCUUUUGAACAUCAAACCUACUGUCAGCGAACAUUACGAGAGAUAAAAAUUUUGACACGAUUUAAACAUGAAAAUAUAAUAGACAUCCGAGAUAUUUUAAGGGCAGUAACAAUUGAUCAAAUGAAAGAUGUCUACAUUGUACAGUGUCUCAUGGAAACCGAUCUUUACAAAUUGUUGAAAACGCAGAGACUGAGUAACGAUCACAUUUGUUAUUUUCUUUAUCAAAUACUUCGUGGCUUAAAGUAUAUUCAUUCGGCAAACGUUUUGCACAGGGAUUUAAAACCAAGUAACCUGUUACUCAACACUACAUGCGACUUAAAGGUAAAUAAAAUCCAAGAUUCAGUUGUGACCUAUAAAACUAUUUUGGACAUUUUCCAGGGAUAUACUAAAUCAAUAGAUAUCUGGUCAGUGGGCUGUAUUUUAGCGGAAAUGUUAUCGAACCGGCCAAUUUUUCCUGGCAAACAUUAUUUGGAUCAGCUUAAUCAUAUAUUAGGAGUUCUAGGGUCUCCUUCUCAGGAAGAUUUGGAUUGCAUAAUUAAUGAAAAAGCAAGAAGUUAUUUGCAGUCCUUGCCAUUUAAACCUAAGGUUCCGUGGGUUAAAUUGUUCCCCAAUGCUGAUCCUAAAGCUUUGGAUCUUCUUGAUAAAAUGUUGACAUUUAAUCCUCAUAAAAGAAUAGAAGUUGAAGAAGCUUUAGCACAUCCAUAUCUUGAACAGUAUUAUGAUCCAGCCGACGAACCGGUUGCUGAAAGACCCUUCCGAUUUGACACAGAACUUGACGACCUUCCAAAAGAAACACUAAAACGUCUUAUUUUUGAAGAAACGCUGGCAUUUAAACAACGUGUCAGUCAAGAACAUGCCAAUAAUACAUUGACAUCAUAGUCUUUCGAAAUUAAUGUUUAAAAAAAUAUGUGAUAUCGUUUUUUCACGAAUCACAACAUAACGAACUCGCCAGAUCUCAUUGUUCACGUGUGCCAUUGACCUAGUGAGUAUAGAUUUUGGCAACAAUUUCAUUAUGGUUGGUAGGCGACGUAUACAAUAAGGUAUCUAGCUCGUAAUAAUUAUUAUAUUCAACUUUGUCUUUUUUUUCAUGAUUUUUUUGCGUUUUGUAUUUGGAAUUGUUCAUAAAUACUUGUGUAAACCUUUAUAGUUAAUUUGAGAUUUUAAAUCGUGUCGAAGCCGAAAAAUUUUUAAUUAAGUAAUUGUUUUGUCAAUAAAAAAUUAUAUAUUCUGAAGGAAAAAUUCAAUGAAAUUUCCAACAUUUAAUUUUUCAAUAAGCCUUUUAAAAAAUAAUCAGAUUUUUUUUUGUAUUUUCCUGAAUUAUUAGAGAAAACUUAACCAUUCAAAAAUUUAAUUUCUGCACCAAAUAUUAAAACAAUUAUCUUACGAUUAGUAUUAAAUUAAGAACAAUCACGUACGUUUAGUUCAUUGCGAAAUGUGUAAGAAAGAUUGUAUAGUUGUGAAAUGAUGUAUUUUUAAAGUUUUGUAAAUUGUAUCAAAAGGUUGUGUAAACAUAAAUAUAACACAUUUUUGGUAAGAACAUAUUCCAAUACAUAACUAGUUUUGUAAUAUAAUAUUUAUUAUAUAACAUAAGAUUAAAUAGUGCCAUUCCAAAGUAUUAUUUGAUAUAUUUUUAAUAGAAUGUUGCUAGUUUCAUAGACAUCUCUUGUCCCUACAUUAUCUGUAAUUUAUGGAUUGAUUUUCGAUCUACAAUUGAUUACAUUCUAAUGUCGGUUUUAAGAAAUAUGAAUGUUCAAGAGAUAAAGUACGUCUGACUAAUCGAAAGCCACCUGCAUAGAUUUUAUUAAAGUGGGAAAAAAUAAAGGUGCAAUAUACCCAUACAUGUAAUUUUUAAGAAUUGGUAUAGAAUGUUAAAUUUAAACAUUUCUAGGGUGGUGGUCGGUUUAGUUGUUUCUUAAGUUUUGGUAAUUUUAAUAUAUAUUAUGCGCACAAAUAUUUGAGAAAAUUACGAUGUGGAGAUAGGAAAUCCACUAUACAAAUACAAUGCAUGCAUAAACAGGAUCGUAAUAUAUCAAUUCAGUAUAAAUUUAACUCAGUAAAUAUAAUCUGUAUUUAUAUCAAUUCUUAAUGUUUUAGAAAGUUAUCAAGUCUUACUGUGACGUUUAAUAUUUUUAUCUGUGAUUUCAAACAUUUUAAAUAUCGUUGUACAUUUACCUUAAUGUAUUUUAUUAGUCUAGAUACCACAUAGGAUAUUUCAACUUGUUUUGGUGUAGUCAAAUUUCUGAUGUCUUCAGGUAUGUUAUGAUGUCUUAUAACAUAUUCAUUUUACAAUGUAUCUUAAUCUUAAUGUUUACAAGAUGCGAAUACAUAUAGCCCAGGUAAAAAAUUAACUCUGUAUACAAUAGCAUAUAUGCAAAAUAUUGAUUUAUAUGAGUAAAAACUUUUAAUUCACAACUUCGAACGUAACUUUGUGUAGGUACAAAAGUUAAAACGCUGCAAGAAAAUAAGAAUAGUGUUCUAUUUUUUUUAAAGAAUUGCAAUUUUUGUGGCACUUUAAUAAGCCUUAUUUUUUUAAUUAUUAUAUUCGUAUUUUGGUUAAAAAAGGAGGGUUUUAUAAGAAAAUAAUAUUUUAAAAGCAGAAAACUAACACUUUUUAAAUUAUUUCACUUUUAUUAAUAAUAAAAUAACUCGUGAAAAAGAUUACCUAUGUAAUCAUUACUUUGAAUGCAACUUUCUUAAUCGCCCUCCGUAUAAUAUUUGAAGGUUGGAUUGAAAUAAUGAAUUUUUUAUUUUCAUUACUUUAAAUUGGAAUUUUGAUAUUUUUUGUUCUAAAACUUACAAGUAAAUUCGUAUCUUUA